GGGAAGGGGCUGGAGAUAAAGGAAAAAAUUGGAGACUAGGAUUUAAAAUUUUUUUUUAAGAAAGACUCCAUGCAGGAAAUGUAAACCCACUGUGAAGAGCAUUGUGGUUUUGAGAGCUGGGUGAUGAGUUCCUGCAACUUGAAUGACACAUCAAGAGAUCUUGUGUUCCUCCAGAACAGGUUCUCAAGAGCUUGCGGUAGCUCAUGCUUAUGAAAUUUUGGGCUGUAGCUUGAAAGGAGCUGAGAGGUCUGUUUGUGUGUAUAGUUCUAUAGAACUGGAAGAGCCUUAGCUAAAGAGCACACUGUAGAUUUCAGGAGCUCUUUUUCAUCUUAAUUUGACACUGUUUUGACAAGUAACAUUUGAAUCUAAGAGCUUUCAAGGAGCUAUUGCCACUGUGGUUGGUCUUCAGUGCUCUAGUUUUUGUUUUCUCACCUUCAAGUGUCUCUAGUCUUUUGUGGGCUCUUGAGUUUUUGGAAAUAACCAGCUGGUAGUCACACUAACUGGCCAGUUGUUGAGAGAAGUUCUGAACAAUGCUUUGGCUUCUUCAGAGAUGGAUUUAAAUACAAAAUCUUCAAAAUAAAUGCUCUUUAUUGUUGUUAUCCUUUGGGCUGUUUACUUUUUGUUUGACUGGACACUUACUGCUUAAUCUGUGGCCUCAAAAAUAUCAGGGACAUUAACUGAGCCUGCCACCUCAAGGCAGCAUGUGGCCUAUUGUACAUGUGCUGCAAACAAGGGGUUUGUAUGUUGGAAAUCUGCCACGUUUGGGUCUAGAGGGAUCUGUGGGCUAAGCCUAUCCUUUUCUGCUUACAAACACAGUCUAGGGUCAUGUACUAUUUUAGAGACUGGGUGUUAAUAGGCACCAUCCUAAUGAAAUGUCUGGAGCAUUUCUCCUAUGUGGCUUGGAUAUAGAGGACACCAGAGAGUAGCAGAAAAGGAUGUCGUUCCCUGUGGAUAUAUUGAACACCUUCAGUCAUGAGGACUUGGAGAGCUCAGCAGAGGGCUACUUGUCUGACCUUCGGCAUCAGGAUCCAAACCAUUGUGAAUUCCUGUCUCUGCCAGGCCAUGGCAAAGUUACCAUUAAAUUGGGAACUGUAGGCUUCGUUCCUCUUUAUGGUGAAGAGCAGACGCACAAAGUUCUCGGUUUGUUUGCACCAAGGGACUCACUCACAGCUGUAGCCCUGUAUCUUGCUAAUCGGUGGUGGUCAGUUGAUGACGUUCUGAGAACAUCUGUUACAACUAGACAGGGGCUUCACAAGGUGGAGUCUGUUGGAGAGAGAAUUGUUCUUUAUGUUCUGAAUCGAAUUAUCUAUCGGACACAAGAAAUGGGAAGAAAUGAGAUCCCUUUUCUCUGUCACAGUAGCAAUGACUAUGCUAAGAUCCUGUGGAAAAAAGGAGAGGCUAUUGGAUUCUAUUCUGUUAAACCUAAAGGAAGUAUUUGUAGCUCUUCCCGGGGUGAGAGUUACAAGCUAUCAGUGCUAGACACAAUGUUUGUACGAAAGAACCACCGUGAGAGGGAGUCUGGGUUAAUCAUGUUGGAAGACUUUGUGGAUUCCUUUAGAGAAGCCACUCUUGGCCUACGAUACCCACUGUCAACCUUCAUGUAUACAGCUUGUAAGCUAUAUCUUGAUAAGUACCCUGAGGAUCAUAACCUUCUGUGGGAAGUGGAGGGAGCAGGAUAUUGGUUCCAGAAAACAUCCAUUAUGUCUACAUUGCAAAGUGAAAAUCUCAAAACUGCAAAGGCCUUACUUAAAGGAAGUAAGAGUUUCCUAGCAGAAUGUCACUUCCAGCAGUCUGCAGCGGUAUCUGAAGUAAGUGAACAGGGGACUGAGCUGCAGACACAGCCAAAUGAUGACUCUCAAAAGGGUAAUGAAUCAAUAGAUGUUCAUGCAAGCACAUCUAAAGACCCUAACACAGUUCCUGUUUCCAUUUGGACACGAAGCAGUCAUUUCAGAUGUCCCAAGACAGGAAAAAAAAGCCAGGAGUCAGAACCUGGAACUUCAGAAGGAGAUAAAGGAAAUGCUGUUCAUGUGUCUGAAAGCAGGAUGAAACUUCCUGCUCCCACAUCUGAAAGUGAUAAAAACUUAAUAGAAGUACCUGAGGACAAUACUGUUGAGGAGGUUGAAAAAACAAAUGAGGACCGUUCUGUACCAGAAGUGGAGCAACAUGUAUCACCCUCUGAGGAAUCAAGUGAGAAGAAGGACAUUCCAUCAGAACCUCUUAAUGGUGAGAUAACAGAAGAAGCUGGGAAGACCUCACUUACAGUUGAAGAGGAAACAGCAAAUGAAGUUUUAAGUGAUGAAUCAGAAUUGCAGUCUGAGAGUCAAGGAGAAGAACCCUUAACACUGUUUGUUCCAUUAGUCCUUGAGACUGCAGGAAAACCAUCAGAAGACACUGUAUCAGAGCAGGCUUCAAAUAUAAAUGAUUCAGAAAUGCUGACUAAAGAAGGUACAGUAGUAGAAAAGGAGGGCACUGAAGAACAGCAAGAAUCUGAAAAGACCACCACUGAAAAUGCAGCUGCUUCGACAUCAAAGGAAGAGACUUCUAACAGUGGCCUGCCCAACCCUAUGGUGACUGAAGCAGCAGAGGAAUCUGUUUCUGAAAAUGUAUUGCCUGAAGUGGCUUCCUCUUUGGAAGGUCAAGAUGAGGUAGAUCACAACUCACAGGAGGCCCCUGUUGCCUUGAGUCAGAGCUCUUUGAUAGUGGUUGAACUUGAGGGUUUUUCUUUUCAGCAGCCUUCUGGACAGGAAGGGCAGAAGAACCAGUUGGAAGAACACUCAGAAGAGCCCCCUGAGCAGAUGGAUCAACACCAGCAAACAGCAGCAGAGCGGGCUGCUGACAGCAGCUCUGAGGAGGCAGAAGUUGAGAUACCCAUUGUAGAUCGGAGAAAUUUGCGAAGAAAGGCCAAAUGUUCUAAAGGCCCACCCAAGAAAAAAGGAAAGCCAGCUUAAAAAUGAAAUAUUGAUUGCUAAUUCAUCUAUUUAUAAGAAAUUUAUUAUUUUGUGUAAAACACUAGAGCAUAACUAAACCAUAUGGGACACAGGACAUGCGUGUUUAAAAUUCUGGGUUGGACUUCCUCUUAGGACUCAUCACCUUUCCUCAAAUUUUCUUGAAUUUUUAAGCACUUGAGCUUCAUCAAAGUAUGAAAAUAAACAGCCAGUCUCCUCCUUUUAUAAAGGACACAUGCUGAAUAAAUGCAGUUCUGCUAGCAAAGGGAGCAGUUUGGUGCUUUGAGGUGGCAGUUGUGGAAGAAAAUCUGGUGUGAAAUCCUGGCCCUAUUAAGGUCCCUUAAAUUCCCAUAGACUUCCAUGAAGCUAGACAUCACUCUAGCAUUGUGUUCUCUACUGUGGUGAGUACAGAAAAAGGAAAAUAAUUUGUUGCUUCUUGUUCCUUUCCCAUAAAUAUUUAUCAGGAGAGAUUAAAAGAAUUGUAAGAUUCUGUAAUUCUAGGUCUCAAAUAUACAAGAAGGUAUGUCUUGGUAGAUCAAAACAACAUAAGUAGCAUCUGUCAUGUCAUGAGUAUCACUUGAAACAUCUGAGUCAGUAGAAUGAUGGUCAGCAUAGUAUCUACCGUAGCACACUUUGAUAAUUAAUUUCUUUACCUGAGGAUUAAGAGAUGCCUACACAGUAAACUAUUUGUAGCUUUCAAAGUGAGCAUCUUGGUAAACCUAAUUUUUCCAGAUUGUAUGGAGUGUAGGCUCCAGUACCUAUAUAAAUGGUUUCAGCAGCCCUUCUAUCUACUUGCAUGUCUUGAGUGGAUACCUGAUUACUUGUUAAAUUAUAGCAGGAGGAUAUGACAACUUCUGAUCUUGUUUUGGUCUGAAUGGAAGCAGUACUUUGUGUUUUCCAAAUACUUGGCUGUUGUUCUGCCAGGUGUGUUGUCUGAGUGCUGGCAUUUCAGGUGGUUGUGACAUUCAUUAGUGUGAAUAUUUGAGUGUUUCAGCAAAUGCUUGUUUGCCAAACUUCUAUGCCUUUAGGAGUUAGCAGGUGAUUGCUUGGAAAUACUUCUGAUUCCCACUUUCUUUUUCUAACUUGGGUGUAAUCCCUUGGAUUGGCCUCCUAGGUCAUAGAUUUUCUUAAAGGCAGCAACCAAACUUUGCUGUAUUCAAACAGAAAUAAAAACAGGCUUUUUGUGAAUGUUUCCCUUCAGAGGUUCUCCUAGAAAACCAUUAGUUUCUCUGUUUGUCACACAUACAGUGGCAAAAGUUACUCCUUAGUUUGCUAUGUGUUUCUUUCCAUAAAUGAAGCUCCUCUCAUAAUGGAUUAGAAACUAAAAAAAGCAAAGAACAGUGGUUCUAAAGAACAGGAAAUUACACCACUAUUUCUCCUGUUAUAAGCCUUUUCGAAGAUGAGUGGACUAGUAUCCCUCUGUCUGAAAAAGAGGUAUCUAGAAGUUGUUGUUCAGGACUUCCAAAUACAAGGUUCACUUGAAUAGUUGUAAUGCUAUCUUAAGCUUUAUCCUGUUAUGAAGCUGAAGUAAGAAUCUGGGUUUGGAUUUUAUGCUUAUACAGUUUAACUAUAUUUAUAAGGUAUUUUAACUGUAUAAGACAUUUGUACUUUUUGUUUCAGCUGAUAAGUAGCAAGCUCUUUUUAAUCUGUUAAAACCAGUUUAUAGAGG